UAACUACCUCACAAAUCUCAAAUAUGGAUGACAUCGUUACCAAGGCAACUGUUGCUAAGGAAAUGCCAUUAGCAGGAAGUACGUCUGAUGUCAUCAACGUGUUUUAUCACGCCUUGUUGGAAAAUGACAUGGAUGUUGUUAAGGAUGUAGUCGUCAAUCAGAAAGUGAAUAUUAAUUUGAUAUUCAAGGAAAGUUUUAGUUAUGUUCAACCAUGGCAUAGAGAGUGGGGUGCUAUUCAUAUAGUAACCAAACGUGCAAUUGUAGAAUCAUUAAAGUUUAUUAUUGAGUUGGGUGCUGAUGUGAAUCUUGAAAAUAAACAUGGUGACAACGCUCUUCAUAUAGCUAGUAAAUAUGGAUUAGUUGAUUGUGUUGAAUAUUUGUUGCAAUCUAAUAUAGAAUUAAAAGAUAAACAAAAUAUCGCAGGAUUAACACCUUUGAUAAAAGCCGUAUUUAAAUCUGAACAUGCUUUUCGUGGACAAUUUAGAAAAACAAUACAGUUACUUUUAGAUUCUGGAGCUGAUCCAAAUAUUUGCCCGGUAUCUGGAAUAACACCCUUACAUUUAGCUGCUAGUAAAGCUGACGAAAUUUUGAUACAACUUUUAUUAUCUCAUGGUGCUAAAGUUAAUGCUGUUUGUUCACAAGGCACCAGUCCACUUUUGAAAACACUUCUUCUUCGACACCAGAAGUCAUCUUGUGUUAAGAUUUUACUAGAUGCAGGGGCAGAUGUCAAUAUUUCAACAGUCGCAGGAAGAACAGCAUUGCAUUUGGCUGUUGCUAAGAGUGAAAAUGAAUGUGUACUUAAUAUAUUAGAGGCCAAUGCAGAUCCUAAUGCACAAGAUAAAUAUGGUAAAACCCCAUUAUGGAUUGCUGUUCAAGAAAAUAAUGUUCAAAUAGUUCAUCUUUUGUCUAAAUUUGGUGGAAAUGUCAACUAUCAGCUACCAAUCCGCAAGUUUUCACUGUUGUCAUUAGCAAUCUCUGAAGGAUUGUAUGACAUGGUCUGUCUGCUUUUACAUCUUGGGGCAUCUAUUUUCACAGAAACUGUUAUGGGUGCAACACCACUUUACAUUGCAGUUGAAACACAAAAUAUGCAAAUAAUUAAAUCUCUCCUCAAAGCUAAUUGUGAUUUAGAUGUUGUAAGUAAUGCUAGGCAUUCUUUAAUACCACAAACCCCUAUACAAGUUGCUAUAGAGAUUGGUAAUUUAGAAGUUAUCCAUCUGUUACUAAGUGCUGGUUGCAAGAUGAAGCCAGGUUGGAUACAGCCAUUGAUAUCACCACUUUCAGCAACUCUACCAACUAAUCUAGCAAAUAUCCAAACUUACUUAAAAGAUUAUUUGAGUCAUGUAAGAUCUCUUAAAACACUCUGUCGAGAUAGUAUUCGAAUUUUCAUGAAACAGGACAUACAGUCUAAAAUGGAUGCAUUAGUUGCAGAGACUUAUAUUCCAGCUCGUUUAGCAGACUUUGUUUUAUUGACUGAUUUAGUUCAACCAUAAAAAGAUUAUAUUUAAAUAAGAUAUUUUAAAUAAGGCUGUGACUUUUCUUUAAUACAUUUAUGAUAAUUAUAUUUAUGCACAUUUAAUCUUUUUGCAAACCUUUGUCAAUAUUUAUUUUAUUCUUAUAUUCCUUUAUCUACUAUAUUUAUUGAAAAUUGAUUUUGAAUAAUAUUAUUGUUCAUGCAUAAAUAUUUGAACUAAGAUUUAAUAUUUGCUUUAAACUUUACAAUCUUUAAAUGUCACUGUUGGCCUGUUUCAUUUCUAAUUGAGGCAGAAUAUUCAGAUUUGGUGUAGAUGGCCUUUCAGUGAAUGUUUUAACUGGGUUCGAUGAUGAGCAUUUUCUGCUAAGACCAAGCAUCUCUGUCUAUCACACAUUUUGGAACACAAUUAAUGUGUGUCUGAAUGAUGUAGAAUAUUCAACUUAAUGUAGAUGUUCGCUAAGUGAAUUUUUAGGGUGAGUUCUGUUUAGUCUAAGCAGAGGUAAGCAAAUUGAUGACUGAGACUUUAAACCCAAAUAACGUUAAUUUUCAUAAUGUGCAUUUUUUUUCUUAGGAUAUGUAGAGUGAUAAACAAUUUGAUUGCUCGAAGCUUCAUAAAAAGAUAAAUGUUCAAGUAAUUAAUGAUCUGAAAUGAGUUUGGGGUUAGCCACACUGCUGGUUAGUUUUUCCUUAAGACAGUUGAUUUUUAUUAUUUAUGCAGCUUGAAACUCUGUAAUCUCAUUUUUUUAAUAUUUUUGCCCAUCAAUGCAAAACAAUUACAGUUUGACUCAAAAUUACCAGUAAAUGGAUUGACAUGUUUGAACCAAUAAAAAUCAAGUUUUACUAAACAGAAAAGUGACAAUUUUCUAUGCAAUAUAUGGAAAUUGUGCAAGAAAUGACUUCUCAUGUACAUACAUGUAAUCCUCAACAAAUGCAAAUAAUGGUGAAUAUAAUGUGAAAAUCUGAGGUAUUCACUCUAUUUAUUCACAAUAUUGCCCGUCUUCAUUAGCCCAGUAUAGGAGCAGAACAGUAGGACGUUAAACCCCAUUUCAUUUCAUUUCAUUUAUUCACAAUAUUGAAUUUCACAGCAGACUGAAAACCUGAUUAAAAUCAGAAAUUCUUAUAAACACUCUGAAGUUCAGAGAUUGUGAAAAGUUAUUAUUGCUAUCAUGAUUUACAUUACAUUAAGCUAUGACAUUCUUCUAUGUCUUCAAAAAACUGUUGGUGAGUGAGCAUCUUUUUCUAGGGUUAUUAUACGCCCACAUUUUCAUGUGGACUAUUAAGCAGUCGCCCCUGUCCAUCUGGACGUCCAUCCAGAAUUUGUUUGUGGACACUCUACAGGUCACAAUUUUUAUCCAAUUUUGACAAAACUUGAAAUAUAGGUCUAUCACCCAAAGAUCUUGGUUCCUUUCGAUAUUGGAAUGCAUCGGACCAUAACUCCAUGGAUUAUGGCCCCUGAUUGCACGAAAAAUCAUGGUUUUAGCUUGUGGACCCUCUAGAAGUCACAAUUUUUAUCUAAUUUUGAUGAAACUUGAAGUGUAUGUUUAUAACCCAAAGAUCCUGUAACUGCCUGGAUUAUAACCCCUGAUUGUACGAAAAAUUGUGCUUUUUAGCUUGUAGAUUCCCUAGAGGUCACAAUAUUUAUCUGAUUUUAAAAACCGUUUAAAUAUAUCACCAUUCCUUCAUAAUGAAGGUUGAAUUAGAAUUUUAGGAAAAUCAUAACGAAACUGCCCAACAAAAUGCCGCUCUUUGUACCCAAAUUGUGUAAAAGUAUGUAAUACGAAGGUUGUGGACCCUUUAGAGGUCACAAUUUUUAUCUGAUUUUGAUAUAUGAAACUUAAAAUAUAUCUUUAUAUCACAAAGAUCUCAGUCCCUAUCGAUAUUUGUGCAUUUCAGACCAUCUGAAUUAAUGUCUCUGAUUGUACGAAAAAUCGCUUUUGUUUAUCUUGUUCUCUAUCCAUCUCUUGCAAAAUGUGGGCGUACGUGCCUGGCAACUGCUGGUUUUAAUGGUAGCACAAGGAGAUGGUUAACUUAAAGUAAUAUUAAUUUUAUAUCACAAAAAUAUGAAUUUUAUAUUGCUGGUGAUUUCUAUUGAUAUUGUCAGAUUAUUCUUACUUGAAACUUUUUAAAUAUUAAAUUUUAAGUUUAAUAAAUUAUUUCUAUUGA